UUGAAUUUUUUGGUUUGAAAAUGUGGAUAAAAUUUAAAAAAAAAAUACUUCAGCUGAUCGAACUGAAGUUUGGAGGGAAAUAAACGCGGCAAAAACUCAUAAACAGUAAUGUUGACAGGUGCGAAAUCGAAAAAUAAGAUUAAGAAGAUCGUUGUAAUGUCACUUAACUUGCGGAAUAAUCGGUCAGAGUAUUUGUUUUUCCAGCAAGAAUGUACAAGUGACAGCUGGUUUCAUCGACACAAUCAUCAUCAAAAUCCAUUAUCAUUCCCAGAAAAAUAGCUGGAAGCAUUGAUCCGUCCUAGACUUUUUGGCAAAUUUUGUGAAUUUCUUCUGAUUGGCAUAAUAUUGAUUUCCAAAGAAAGAAGUUUCGAUGUUUUGAGAUAAUUAUUAAUUUAUUCAUUUACGUACCCACAUAAUACAGUUGAUUGCAAAAAAUCACACGAUCUGUCAUACCUGCAUGCAAACCACCUGUAGGCUCCAGAAUCUGAUCAUGUGACUCUAGCAGGUGUUGGCGGCAUCCAUCCAAUUAUCCUAUCACGAUCGAUGGAUUGACACUUGGAUGCUCGCUCAAUAGGCAGUGCAUAACUACUUGAAAUUUAAAUAACCAUUCUCACUUGCUUCAAAACCAUUGCCUAUACCAGCAUAGGACUUCAAUUUCCAAAAGAAAAUAAUGGAUUACCUAGCAAAGUUGAACAAAUACCGCGUGUUUCAAUAUGAAAUCAAUUCGGCGGCUCAAUUCUACCACGAAAUGGUUCAACGGACGGAUAAAUUCAGCCGACUCCUUGGUGCUAAUCUAAUUAGACAUGAUUUCAGCAUGAUAAAUCGCACGUUUGCUGUGAUGGUUUGUUUGCAUGCUACUUAUAUUUAUCUUUUCACUACUUCAAUGUAUUACUACCGCAAUGAUAUUGAAAAAAUCCUGCUGAAUAUAACUACGAUUGGAUUUUCUAUCCAGAUGUUGGCCAAAAUUCAUCUGUACGCUUUUCGUCGUGAAAGAAUAGUUGAAAUUAACGAUUUGAACCAAAUAUAUUAUGAAAACAAAUAUUUGGACAGUAAAACUGUGAAGGAUGCGCUAAUAAAAAGUGCGCGCUUGACAUACGUUGUUGUAAAGUUGAAUUUCAUAUUUUCAUCUGCUUACUGGAUUGUGAUAAUAACUGGUCCCUUAACGUACAGCAUUAUCACACAGAACAGACUUCUGCCGUUUGGUUUUGAAUGGACACAUUCCGACGAUUGGACAGCCUACGCUAUCAAUUUCACGUCUCAAGCAAUAUUAGUUUUCUUUGUAGUUGUGGCAACAAUUGCAUCGGAUGACACAUUUAUUGUUUAUUUGUUGACGGGCUGCGGACAAAUGGACGCCAUCGUAGCUUCGUUGCAGGACAUGAAUGCCAUGAUCGACGGCGACGCCCAGGAGCGGAAAAUCACCGAACAGCUCACAAGGAUCAUCAAACUACAUCAGCAUCUUUUGUUGUACAUGACCGAGUUGCAGGAUAAAUACAGCGGAUAUUUCCUUAUCACAUUGGGAGUUCUAUCAUACAUUAUGAUUGUAUCUUUGUUCGCCUUUAUAUUGAUAAACUGGGCUAUGGGAUUGGUGCUAGUAUUGAUUGGAACAAGUCAGCUAUUUUUUGUCUGUUUUCUCGGUACUUACUUGAAGAUGAAGUACGACGAACUGCUUCUGGAAAUAUGGUUGCUUAAAUGGUACAAGCUAUCGAUACGGAAUCAGAAAUCAUAUUUAUUGUUUCUGAAUGGUGCUCAAGUUCCACUCAGUCUGACGGCCAUCUUCACACCGCUUGAUAUGUCGGCUUACCUGAGCAUUCAUAAAACACUGUAUUCGGUUUGCAUGCUUAUGAUGCAAUUUACUGAAUAAAAGUAGCAUCAUAUCUCGCUUAUAGAGUUUCCCAUUAAAUGGAUUACACAAUUGUUAUAUCCUAUAACUUAUAACUGUUCAACAAUACUUAUUAAUUUAAUUCAAAGUUUAAGAUAUUAUGAAGAGAUCUUUUUAGAUUAAUAAAAAAGGAACACCUUCAAUUAGGUUUCGCCUCUGUCUCAUGCAACGGCUUGGAUUCAACUGAAUAGCUUUUAUUCCAUGCUCUCAAGUCUCUCACAAGACUCUUAUUUGCUAACACUCUUAUCGUGGUUCACUCAGAUCAGGGCAGAUACUACAGUUGUCCCUUCUUGAGAAAAGACCAUCAUUUUAAUUUACAAAAUUCGAUUGGAUAUUUCAAUAAUUCAAAUCUCUUCAAUUCUUCAAAUCACCGUUCGAUGAACGGUGUGCAGAAUAGCAUAAGGAUUUCGGGUGAACUAUCUUUCUUCUUCUUCUUUUGUUGUUGUCGGGGGACUUUCACCCGAAGGUCAUUCGUCCCUUCAAAACUAUUCAGAGCUAUCCAGUUCAUUCGAAUCUCGAUGGAGACUACGACAAGGUGAUUGACAUUCCUGCCUACUAUUCAACAUCGCCCUGGAAGGUGUUAUGCGACGAGCCGGGCUCAACAGCCAGGGUAAUAUUUUCGCGAAAUCCAGCCAAUUUGCCUGUUUUGCGGAUAACAUGGAUAUUAUUGCUAGAAAAUUUGAAACGGUGGCAGAGCUGUACACCCGCCUUAAACGUGAAGCAGCAAAGGUCGGACUGGUGGUGAAUGCGACUAAGACAAAGUACAUUCUGGUAGGUGGUAGGACAAGCCUUGGCAGCAAUGUUACGAUAGACGGGAUACUUUCGAGGUGGUAGAAGAAUUCGUCUACCUCGGUUCCUUGCUAACGGCUGACAAUAACGUGAGCCGUGAAAUACGAAGGCGCAUCAUCAGUGGAAGUCGUGCCUACUAUGGGCUCCAAAAGAAACUGCGGUCAAAAAAGAUUCAUCCCGCACCAAAUGUACCAUGUACAAGACGCUAAUAAGACCGGUGGUUCUCUACGGACACGAGACAAGGACCAUGCUCGAGGAGGACCUGCAAGCACUCGGAGUUUUCGAGCGACGUGUACUAAGGACGAUCUUCCGCGGCGUGCAGGAGAACGAUGUGUGGCGGAGAAUUAUGAACCACGAGCUCGCUGCACUUUACGGUGAACCCAACACCCUGAAAGUGGCUAAAGCUGGACGCAUACGGUGGACAGGGCAUGUUGCAAGAAUGCCGGACAACAACCCUGCAAAGUUGGUGUUUGCUAACCAUCCGGUUGGUACAAGAAGGCGUGGAGCGCAGGGAACACGAUGGGCGGAUCAGAUGGAGCAUGAUCUGGCGAACGUUGGAGAGCUGUAGCUGCAAAUCGAGUAUUAUGGCGGCAAAUUGUUGAUUCAGUGUUAUCAUGAAUUUGAUGUUGAACUAAAUAAAUGAAAAAUGAAUAAUUCUUCAAAAUCAAACACGUUGACACCACAGCUUCAGCGUGUUCCUGUCCCGCUGUUUUGCGCAGUCUACGAUCGCGUUUUGAUAGGACUCCUAACUUGCUUGAUCUACUUCCUCUCGUGGAUGGCUAGAGGCAUCGAAUCCUCAGAGAAUCCAAGGAAAUCAUCUUCCUCUUCUAUCGAGUUCCUUCGACAUUUGUUCGUCGUGGUGUUUGGAAACUGUAUCUUCGUCCUACCUCGUUUGGAUUCGUAAUGCCGCCUUCAACUGUCAUCUGUGCGCAUUAGUUUUGUGUUUGCAAAUCAGAAUCUGGAAAAUGCGUUCUACAAAUACAGCCUCCAACCAUCUUGGAAACUUGUUAGCUUAUCGCCCGCUACGGGUUUGCUCUUUUCAUUCUGUAGUACAUCUGAAGUUAUUUCUAAUUCCUCUUCUUCUAGUUUGGAUUUUCCAGAAUGUUGCAUAGCAUUUGUCAAGUGAUUCUUAUAUGCUUUGUUGGGAUUAAUCAAAUCCACUAACAUUUUUGGCUUGAAUGAAAGCAUUUUUUUUGAAGGAAAUGCUCCAUCUUCUCCAGAGCUACUAUUCUUUUUAUUAAUUUAUCUUUAACAUCCAAGGUUGCUCAACAUCAGUGACUACCACAUCCGGCAAUCCGAAUCUCGCAAACAUACAAGCAUUUUUUUAUUUACCAUUGUUGCCGAUGUUUCUGAACGCAUCCAUUCGAUUUCAAGCCACUUAGUGUGACUGUCCACAAUCUAAAGGAAGUUAUUCCCGUCAAGAUAAAAAAAAUCUGCAUGUAAACGACUAAAAGGACGUGGAGCUUCUAUCCAAGAACCUAAUGCUUCUGGUUUUCUUAAAUAUAUGUUUUUUUUUUUGUUUUCUUUCCUGUUCUGUAUAAAGUAUUCCGUAGAAAAUUACAUAGCUAACAGGCAAUCCAAUCGGGUGUAGCACUUGAGUUAUGUUCAUCAUUCAUGAUUUGAACCAAAUAUAUUACGAAAAUAAAUAUUUAGGAAGUAAAACUGUUAAGGAUGCGCUAAUCAAAAAUGCACGGUUAACAUACGUUCUUGUACAGCUGGAUGACAUAUUUUUGUUUGCUCUAUGGGUUGUGAUAAUAACUGGUCCUUCCACGUUUUCUAUCCGGGGAUCCGGACUACUUCCAGCAGGCAAAAGGGGUAAUCCCUACGAGCGGACUUUGGUAUACUAUGAUAUAAUCACCGUAAUAAAUCUUAAUCACUUGGGGGAAUUCUUCCGGGAGUAACUCAAGCAACGCGUGUAUCUUGUUCGAGUGUUGAACACAUAAGAGAGCGUCCAGGCUCUGUUUAUUAUUAUUUAUAACAAUGAUUGCGCAACUGCGCAUACGCUUGCGCGUACCUGUGCGCAAGCGGCUAAUGACAGUUAAUGAUUAUUUUAUUACACUCUAAAGUGCAUCAACACAAAACAAAGUACAAUAUACAUUAGUCCUUCCCCCUUCGGGAAGAAUGAACUUCAGAAUGAACAGUUAUUCAAAAUACAGAACUUUUCUUAUUCCAGAUAAACUAACUAUUCUCGAAAGCCUGGGUAAGCCAGUAAGCCUAACCACAUUUAAUAUACAUUUUCUUUUUCUUAUUUGUUUGAAUAUGUUCGAACGCCAAUAUAGGCGAUUAAGCUCUAGCAUUACGAAUUUUCUUUCAUUAUUUCUACGCACUACUAUUUCACCACUAUUGUCUCUCAUUUCUUCGUUAUUACUCCGAUCUGGUAAUUGCCAGACAUCGUUUCCUUCUGCGAUUACUCCUCCAGGUUCCUCAACAGUCAGCAUCGACCGACCAGUUUUGAACGCUUGAAUCGACAGCCUCGGUUGCUUCGGCCCUCGUCGUUCAACGAACCAGUCUCGGGUUGGAUGUGUGGUAGAGGUCGCCUCUUGGAUCGCCUUAUUUAUAGUCUGUAAUAAUAUUGUUGUAAAGCAUUUUAAAAAAACACGUAGAAACACUAAAUUGUGGGAAAUCAUGCUUGUAAACAAAUUGCUUUAUGGAAGGGAAAUAAACCUCCAACGUCACGUCAUUGAUUUUAAAACCAAUAAAAAUUAGAAAUAUCUGGAUUUCAGCACUCAACUCAAUCACUUCUAAGAUCCAGGAAAAAAUCCCGUACUCUCGUUUUACCUUUUCUACUAGUCUUUCUCUCCAGCCAUUUUCAGCAGGAUUGUAUGAAGAUUUUUUUUUUUUUUUUAUCCAAACUGUUUAUUUGUUUUGGCUCAAUUGUUUAAAUUAAAACUCUACGGAGCCGACAACUGGGUGAAUAAUUAAAUUUAAGUAUUCUACAAUCAUUCAAAAUGUACUAAUAAAAAACUCUUCUUGUGCAUUUUUUCUUCGGUCGUGGCACUGAGCCGGAACCUUGGCUGGAGCUGGAGCCACCGCCCGAAGCUGCAAAUUGAGCUCGCCGCUGAGCCGCCUGAGGAUUCACUACUGCUUCCUGUACAAUGUUAGACAUUUCUUCCGAUGUGUUACCAUUUGUCUUCCGAUGCAUAUCAUUUGUAGGCAUUGUCUCUUCUCUGUUAUUGAUUUCGCAAACAUCCAGCUGUAACUGAUCCGCAUUUCCUUUUUCAUCUUCCUCCUCCUCCUCCUCCUCCAAAACUUCGAUGAUUUCGUCCGGCAAUGUUUCUUCUAAAUCAUUUUACACUUGUGCGACGGCGUUCCCAGACACAAUUCCAGCAUACGACAUUUUCUUCUGCUUCCUUCCAAUUUUCUCCUGCAAUUUCCGCUGUGGGCAGGCGUCCUUCCUGUGUCCCUCCGCUUGACAGAAAAAACAAGUAUCCAUCAAUCCAUCGUAGUACACUCUCCCUUCCCGGUCGGCGACAUCAAUCGUCGAUGGAAUAUUUGUUUCGACUUCCAUAUGCACGCCUCGAACUCCAGUAAAAAUGUGCCCAAGACCCGAAUCCGGUGGAAAUUUUUCGCGGAUUACACGAUGCACUUUUCCAAACGCUCCAAGAACCACCGACAAACUUUCAUCAGCCAAUUCCGGAGGCAGAUCAAAUAUGCGGACGUAUCGCACAUUGGUACCCGCUAUCGACAUUUGUACCUCAAUAGACUUUCCAUUGGAAUAAACAAAUUGCCGUGGCUCCGCGUUCCUCCGCAAUGAUUCCUCCAUGGCAUCUCGGGAUGUAAAUUUUAUAAAAAGCGAACGAUCAUGAGCCGUUUUAUAGAUAGUCUCUAUAAGCAUAACGUCCGUGUCUAGCCGUUUCAUAAAGUUCGCGACUUCCAUCCAAGACGGCCGUGGACUGCCCGCUGGAAAUCGGAACUGAACGGUAUUAAUAAACAGUUCGCUCAUAUUGCUACGAUGGCUUGAUGCUGUUUCUGCUAUUUACACAGAAUGCACAACCAGAAAACAAUAAGGUGAUCGAUCGACAAAAGAAAGCAAGCGCGCGUGAUUCGAUUCGACUGUAUCGAAGCAAAAAAAGACUAUAUGACCGAGUACAACAAUCCGUCUGCAUCCGACGACAGCAGCGGC